CUAAAGAUAGGUCAAAACUUUUGAACCCUGACAAAUAUCUCGAAGACGAUGAUAUGAAAGAAGACCUAAAAGAUUUCACAGUUGUUACCAAAGCUACUCCUUUUGCAGUUGCUAGCCAUAUCAAGUUUACAUCCAAAAAAAAGAAUAACAGCAAAAUUAUUCUCGCUAUCAAUAAUGUUUUUGCUCAAAACGAUGAGUUUCAGUUCAUGUCAAUUUAA